AUGAAUUACACAGCACAUGUCUUUGCUAGUUCCCCAAAGGACCCGUAUUCACCGAUCUUGCUGGACGCCACCCGACCUAGCCGGUGUAUAUUAUGGCUGGAAUACAUAUCCACAGUGAAACGCACCGCUGUUGGGCUACGCAAAGUUGGACUGGCAGAUCAGGAAGCUGUCGGUCUUCUCAGUUACAACGACAUAUAUUAUUACUUACUUGGAGACGGUGCCAUCGCAGCCGGGGCGACCUUUGCUGGUAUCCCAACCUUUGUCAAGCCGACUGAGCUAGCAACAGCGAUUACGGCAGCAGGGCUCAAAUGGCUCUUUGUAGCGCCAGAAUUCUUGGAACUGGUAAUGGUGACAGCUGACAGCAUAGGUUUCCCGGCUGAGAGGGUGAUGGUAUUUGAUCCUCCCGGCCUGGAGCCAUACACAGGGUCUCAGCAGGGCUUCAGCAAGUUGAUCAAUGAUGCGGAUGAGAGCCUUUUCCAGAAUGCAAACCAGGGCAAGGAUCCAAAAGCCCAAAUCUCACAUCAAUUGUUCACGAGCGGAACAACUGGAGCAGUCAAGUCGGCGCAAGUCUCUCAUACAGUACAACUUGAUAGAAUGAGCUACGUCAUGGCACAGACAUCCUCAAACAAGGAAAGAACCUUACAGACCAUCGGCAUGUAUCAUGCCUCCGGUCUUGUCUCACACUGCGGGGCUCUCUCUGGCGCUGGUCCGCUCUACGUCUCCAAACUGACUGACGCGAGUACAAUCGUGGAUAUGAUAGGCUCUUUGAAGAUCACAAGAGCUAUGCUGACGCCGCGAAUCAUGGAGGAAGUCGUGGGAAACACAGAUGGCUUGGCCAAUGCAACUGCCGCCCUGAAAUCGCUGCGACAUGUCCGAUUUGGUGGCUCCCCCACUAGUGCUGAUCUUGUGAGAGCGUUCAAGAAUAUGCUACCAAGCGAAGCAUCCCUUUGGAUCACGUACGGCUGUACAGAAUCAUUACGGGUCGCCUCAGCUCCUAUUGACGAGAAGUGGAGCGAGGGCUGUGUUGGCGUUCCUUGGUCUGACGUCGAAGUGAAGAUUGUAAACCCUGCGACAUUUGAAGCGGUUACUGCCGGCAGUUCCGGAGAGAUCUGUGUACGUAGCGCAUCAACUUUUAACGGAUACUACCAAGCCCCUGCCGCGAAUGAAUCGGCCUUCCUCCCUGGGGAGCGCGGCUGGUUCCGCACAGGAGAUAAAGGCUGCUUUCAUCCUACUGCCAGUGAACUAUUCAUCACGGGUCGCUUUAAAGAGAUCUUCAAAGUCAACUACGAAGAGGUCUCUCCUCGAGAAGUCGAAAAUGAGCUGCUGAAACACGGGUCGGUGGCCGAGGCUUUUAUCACGUCCACGGAAGCGAGGGACAACAACAGGGACAGGGAGUGCAUGGCCUAUAUAGUCCGAAAGAAGGAUACGAGGCUGACUGCGCAGGAAGUCGUUGACUUCGUCGCAUCGAAGCUAGCGCAUCAUAAGGCACCAACUGGUGGAGUAAUCUUUUGCGAGACUAUUCCACGCGGUGCCAUGGGAAAAGUGUUGAAGAAAGCGCUGGUAGACGUUCAAGCCUUGUACGGGUCUUCUAGAUUCCUCUCCAUAACUGCGUAA